AUGGCACCCCUCUGCACGGACCCGAGGCAGGUCGUCAUCGCCCUUGAGCCGGCACGACGACAGGCUCUGCUCCAGCUCGUCAGCAAUAUCACGGCCUACAUGAAAUCUCAACUGGAAGCCGCCCCGAGCGAGCUGGGUUUUGUGUCUCCAGAUUUCGACCAUUCGUACAAGGUUUGCCAACACGUCGCGGCCCCCGAAAGAACGGAGUCGCCGCAAUGGCAGCCGUCGGCCGGUAAUAGUCAGCCAGAGCGAAUUCAGAGGGCUGCCGUACGAUACAUGUCUGAAUGGGAAGCCGAGCUGCUGAAGAAGCUGGGUGAAGUCGUCCAGGUGGAAGACAGUGACGAGAUCAGAGCGGAGAGGAAGGCAAGACGUGAUCGGCUGGCCAAGAAUCGGCUGAACACGCCGGAGGAUGGCGAGGACCUUAUUAGCUUUGGCGGCUUUCAGGUCAGCAAGUCGGAAGACGUGUCAUCGCUCCAGAAGCUGUACCACCCCGUACCGACUACCUUGGCGACGUGCCCCUCCCAGGACAGGCGAGAGGCGCUCAGCUGUCUCCUCCUCCUUCUUCUAUCGACCGGAAGGUAUUCAGCCCACUCGCGGGCCUUGGUCCUCUACCUCGCCUCGGCACUGGAGCUUCCCCAGGUCUUUGUCAACCAGGAAGAGGCGGAAAUCGCCCGUUCGCUCAUCCAAAACACGGCGGCGAAGGAGCAGCAAAAGGAAACCAUGUCCGCCGAGGCCGAGGCCGCCAAGCGUCGCCAGCAGAACAGGGCGAGUCGCCUGUGGAAAGUCGGCCUGGCCUCCGUCGCUGGAGCUACCAUCAUCGGCGUCACUGGUGGUCUCGCAGCCCCACUCGUUGCCGGAGCCAUCGGUGGCAUCAUGGGCGGCGUCGGACUCGGCGGCGUCGCGAGUUUCCUCGGCAUCUUCUGGAUGAACGGUGCCCUGGUGGGUGCUCUCUUUGGUGCCUACGGCGCCAAGAUGACCGGUAAAAUAGUGGACAGCUAUGCCAAGGAAGUCGACGACUUUUGCUUCAUCCCUCUGGACGAAGACGAUUCUUCGCCCUCUCCGGAGCAGUGGCAAUCCCAGCGCCGUCUGCGCGUCACCAUCGGCAUCAACGGUUGGCUCAACUCCGAAGAAGACAUCAAGAAGCCCUGGCGCGUCCUCAACACCGACUCCGAAGUCUUUGCAUUACGCUUCGAGAUGAAGACGUUGCUCGCGCUUGGCUCCGCCCUGCAGGAUCUCGUCCAGUCGUUUGCCUGGGUCGCCUUCAAGUCCGAGAUCAUUAAACGCACCGUCCUGGUCACAUUAUGGGCUGCUCUAUGGCCGAUCCAAGUCCUCUCUGCCGCAUCUAGCAUCGACAAUCCUUUCAGCCGGGCGAGAAAUCGAUCUCGAAAGGCCGGCCAGCUUCUCGCCGAUGCGCUCAUCAACAGGGUACAGGGCGAGAGACCGGUGACGCUGGUGGGCUAUUCCCUCGGCGCCGCCGCUAUCCAUGCGUGCCUCCAAUCCCUCGCCGAGCGGCAGGCUUUUGGCCUCAUAGCUGAAGUCGUCCUCAUCGGAACGCCGGCGCCGUCUGACGCCGCACACUGGCGCACUCUCCGCACCGUCGUGUCGGGCAACGUCUUCAACGUGUACUCCGAGAAUGACAUGAUCCUGGGAUUCGUGUACCGCAUGCACAGCCUAAAAUUCGGUGUCGCCGGUCUCCAGGCCAUCCCCGACGUCCAGGGUGUCGAGAACAUCAACCUCAGUGGUAGUGUGAGUGGACAUCUGCGUUAUCCGGAGCUGACGGGCGAGAUCCUCAAGAGGUGCGGCUUCGUCGGCGUACGUUCCGGAAGCGAGAUCGAAAUGGACGACGUCAUUCGCAUGAAGGACUACCAUGCCAGGGGAAAGCUGAUAGACUUUGGCGGGUCGGGGAAUGAGACAGCAAAGACGACAACGCAGAAGCCGAGUGAGACGGUCGCCGAACUUCAUGGGCUGAACAUCUCGCCACAAGUUCGCUCUUCUACCUUUGCAGAACUGAACCCACAAUUCCUCAAGCGAUCUAUCGAGACCACCCCAGAAGUUGCAGCGAAACCUGUUCAGCCUGCGAAUUUCGCUCGCACCGAGCAUGCAACUGCCCCUUUGGAUAGGACUACAGGGUCAGGCGAAUACGGAAGUGACAAUCCUCCGCUGGUCAAAAACCCCGAUCGUUUAUGGAAGCAGAGACCAAGGCAACUGACACCGGACUCGGAUGACUCAUAUGACUCGGAUGACUUUGAAGCAGGUGAGUACAGGGGCAUAACGAUGGUGGAUAAUUCUGGUGACUAG